CUCAGCACGGUGCCCUCCUUUCAAAAGAAUUCCAUCAUGUGAGUCACUUAUUCCAAAACCAAGACAGAGAGCUAAAGAGACAUGCUUCUCUUCCUUUGCCUAUUCGUAUUCCCUCUCACAUCGGCCAUUCAGAAAACAAGGAACUCCAUGUUUGGUCAUUUUCUCCUUGCAUCUCCCUACGACGAAACGGGUGUUGGGGAACUUUGGGAAUGCUACAAACUCUGCUAUGACGACAAAGAAAACUGCGCCAGCAUCAACUGCGACAUAAAAAAAGGAAGAUGCAAACGCAUGAAGGUUACACACGCAAACCUGCCUCGCGAGCUCGUGAAAAUGAAAAAUUCUGUUUACGCGGAUUUAAGAGAUGGUUGCGCUCACCCUCUGGGAAUGGAAGAUGGCAGCAUUCCAGACUCGAGUAUCACGGCUUCGUCACAUUUUCAUCUUUCAUACAGCCCUUAUUACGGACGCCUUCAUAACCAAGCCGUUAGCGGGAAACACUGGGGGGCAUGGGCAGCCGGGAAUAAUCGAAAAGGCGAGUACCUACAGGUGGACCUGGGCCGAGUCACAUGGGUUACACAUGUUGCAACGCAGGGUCGCCCGGAAGGAACAUUUCAUGUCCAGUGGGUAGCUGAGUACACGGUUGAAUACAGUCUGACGGCAGAUCAGUGGCAGAGUUACCAAGACGGGAAUAGUGUGAUAAAGAUUUUCCCUGGCAACUCAGAUAAGACCACUGUGGUGAAGAACGAGUUCUCCCCUGUCAUCAAAGCGCGUUACGUUAGGAUUGUAGUGCAGGCCUGGGAAGCUCAUAUCCUUAUGAGAGCGGAGUUUUACGGAUGUGCAGCUUAGAUAUCUUUUGCAUUGGGCUAUUCUAUUUUUAGCGAAUUCCAUUCUUGGUAGGUAUAGAAACAUUGAUUGACGCCUUUCUAUAUAAGUUUUUUAUGUGGGUACUUUUGCGGGCGAAAAAUGAAUUUUUUACUAAAAGUAAAAAAGCCCAAUAAAGGCGUUCUAGAAUUAACUCACGUGCAUCACGAAUGGAAAGUAGUUACUACACAAGACCGACACGCAACACUACAGCGACGAGGGAAAACAAGAAUUACACUGUAUUUACUUAGAAACCUCUACUCAAACUCGAUGAGAUUAUAGUUUGAAUUCUACAGAAGAUUUUAGAAAAAGAGCCCGCAUAAGAAACAGGAUGAUUAGUUUUUUGAUAGAAAUUUCGGUAAAUAAUUUAAUCGUUAUGUUAGCGAUCAGAGAAAACCAUAUGAAAAAUCAAUCAACAACUUGCACUUGGCCAAAUAUUUAUUGCGGCCUUGGUGGCCAUUAAUCUUUGCACUUGUCAACUUAUGAUAGAAUGUGUUUCCAAUAAAAAGAGAAUCAAGACAA